GGCUAGCGGGCUGAGUGGGGCACUGUGUGGGGCGCGCGGCUUGGGGUACCCGAGGCCCCCCAUCUUUGUCAGGUGCCCAGGUUCUGGUCCAAGUCCCAAGCAGAGGAAGGCGGGCAAGAGGGAGUCAUGCAGUCCGAAUCGGGAAUCGUGGCGGAUUUUGAAGUCGGGGAGGAGUUUCACGAAGAACCCAAAACCUAUUACGAACUCAAAAGUCAACCUCUGAAGAGCAGCAGUUCUGCAGAGCAUUCUGGGGCCUCCAAGCCUCCGUUAAGCUCCUCCACUAUGACAUCACGCAUCUUGCUACGCCAGCAACUCAUGCGUGAGCAGAUGCAGGAGCAGGAGCGCAGGGAGCAGCAGCAGAAGCUGCAGGCAGCCCAGUUCAUGCAACAGAGAGUGGCCGUGAGUCAGACACCAGCCAUAAACGUCAGCGUGCCCACCACCCUUCCCUCUGCCACCCAGGUGCCGAUGGAAGUCCUUAAGGUGCAGACCCACCUGGAAAACCCCACCAAGUACCACAUACAGCAAGCCCAAAGGCACCAGGUAAAGCAGUACCUUUCUACCACUUUAGCAAAUAAACAUGCCAGCCAAGUCCUGAGCUCGCCAUGUCCAAACCAGCCUGGCGACCAUGCCAUGCCACCAGUGCCGGGGAGCAGCGCACCCAACAGCCCUAUGGCUAUGCUCACUCUUAACUCCAACUGUGAAAAAGAGGCAUUUUAUAAGUUUGAGGAGCAGAGCAGGGCAGAGAGUGAGUGCCCAGGUAUGAACACGCACUCUCGAGCAUCGUGCAUGCAGAUGGAUGAUGUAAUUGAUGACAUCAUCAGCCUGGAAUCAAGUUAUAAUGAAGAAAUUUUGGGCUUGAUGGAUCCAGCCUUGCAAAUGGCAAAUACGUUGCCUGUCUCUGGAAACUUGAUCGACCUCUACAGCAACCAGGGCCUGCCGCCCCCAGGCCUUACCAUCAGCAACUCCUGUCCAGCCAAUCUUCCCAACAUCAAAAGGGAGCUCACAGAUAUGCUGAACGGGUGUGCCUCGGUCGCUAACGGCCCUUUCCCAUGCUCUUUUCUUGAAGUUGAACGAAGAAGAAGAUUUAACAUAAACGACCGCAUUAAGGAGCUAGGUACUUUGAUCCCCAAGUCAAAUGAUCCAGACAUGCGGUGGAACAAGGGAACCAUUCUCAAGGCCUCUGUGGACUACAUCCGGAAGUUGCAACGGGAACAGCAACGAGCUAAGGACCUUGAAAACCGACAGAAGAAGCUGGAGCAUGCUAACCGGCACCUGCUGCUCCGAGUACAGGAGCUGGAGAUGCAGGCUAGAGCGCAUGGACUUUCCCUUAUCCCAUCCACCGGCCUCUGCUCGCCUGAUCUGGUGAAUCGGAUCAUCAAGCAAGAACCAGUUCUUGAGAACUGCAGCCAGGAACUUGUACAGCACCCGGCAGACCUGACGUGUACGACGACUCUGGAUCUCACGGAUGGUACCAUCAACUUUACCAACAACCUCGGCACCAUGCCGGAGAGCAGCCCGGCCUACAGCAUCCCCAGGAAGAUGGGCUCAAACUUGGAAGACAUCCUGAUGGACGAUGCCCUCUCACCUGUUGGCGUCACCGACCCACUGCUGUCAUCAGUGUCGCCAGGAGCUUCAAAAGCAAGUAGCCGCAGGAGCAGUAUGAGCGCAGAAGAAACGGAGCAUGCGUGUUAGCGAGCCUACCCCGCUCUGCCUCUGCACGGACUGCUCCCUCCCUUCUUCAGUAGACUAUAAUUUACCUGAAGAGGUUUUCUUGAUCAUUUUCCUUUAAUAUGAAUUUUUUCGUGCUUUAUCAGUAGCCCAGGAUAUAUUUUAUUUUUAGAAUUUUGUGAGCCAGACUUGUAUAUUCUAUUUUACAACUACAAAGGCCUCCUAAGUAUUGUACCUUCAGCGUGCAGUAUCUGCGAACUGAUUUCUCAAAGUGUGAGCUUUCUGAGCAAGGGGAUUUUUUUUUUUUUCUUCAGAGAAGUGUCUGUCCGUUUUCAUUCAGGGGAAAACUUGGUGUGAGCUUUGUCUGUCUGUGACCUCCUUUGAAAUUAACAUGUAAAGUUUAAUUACAUGAAUGUAAAGCAACCAAAAAAAGAAAACAAAGAAGAUGAUGAUUAUGAUUGAAGAA